AUGACGCUGGGCUCCAGCUUCGCCUCCCACAUCUCGCUCAACAGCGCGAAGAGCCUGCUGCCACUGCUAAGCCUUCUCGCACGCGCUGAUCCCUGCGCUGUAGCUAUGACGUUGGGCACCAGCUUCGCCUCCCACAUCUCGCUCAGCAGCGCCAGCCCUGGCUGCCACUGCACGCCCUUCUGGCGCGCACUGAUCCCAGCGCUGCAGCUGAUGACGUCAGGCUCCAGCUUCGUCUCCCACGUGUCGCUCAGCAGCGCCAGGGCCCGCUGCCACUGCCCGCCUUUCUCGCACGCGCUGAUCCCAGCAUCGUAA